AGGGAAAGCCCAGCGGUGGCAGCUGCGGCUGAUCCCUCGGCACUGCCCGCUGCGCUCCCGGGCAGCCCAGGGCCCGCGAGCAGCUCCGCAAAGUCAGGAGCAAAAGGAGGCGGAGCGCCCGCAAAGUGGUCAGGCUCAGCCCUGGGGCUGGGCAGGGAGAGGUGUGCCCGGGGACCUGGAUCCUGGCGCCCUUGUGCCUCGCGUGGAGCGGCCAGUGCACCCGGGAGGCGAGCUGACGCUCUGGAAAGAGAAAUCAAAUUGCAACCUCCCCAAAGACGUUAAGUUACGCAGGCCAGCCAGUUCCCGGAGAGCGUUCGCGAGCGCGCGGAUUGCCGAGCCGAGCCGAGCCGCGCCGCGCCGCACCGCAGAGCCCUCCCGGGCCAGUCGGCUGGGAGCGGGGCGCCGUCCGAGAGGCAGCGGCCCCUGAGCACGGGAUCUGGCCGGGAGUGCGCCCCGGUGCAGAGAGGGGGUGUUCAGGGCUCCGCCAGCCCCGCCCGCAGCCCGCGCCCGACUUGGGCGCCCCCUCCGUCCCACUCUGGGAGCGAUGCCCCCCGCCUCUCGCGCCCCCCGGGAACGACGCGAGCAUGGAGAAGUCGAGUAGCGAGGAUUCUUCGAUCCACCGGAGUCCAUCUUUGGACAGCAAGGACUCGGACUUUGCCAAGCCGUCCACCUCGGGCCGCCCGUUCGGCCGCGGCUUCACGGCCGGCGCCUUCUACGGCACCGCGGGCUCCCGGGGACAGAGCCGCGCCGAGGCUGGCGUCAAGACUGACAAGUACAAUGCACCCAAAGGCAGCAAGUACGUGGUGUUUUACCUGGACCUGUCCUUUGUUUUUCUCCUAGAAUUUAAGAAGUGCAACAUGGCCAGGGGCUGCCUCUGCUGCUUGAAGUACAUGAUGUUCCUCUUCAAUUUGAUAUUCUGGCUCUGUGGCUGUGGGCUGCUUGGAGUGGGCAUUUGGCUAUCCGUGUCCCAAGGCAACUUUGCCACCUUCUCCCCCAGCUUCCCCUCGCUGUCUGCAGCCAACCUAGUCAUCGCCAUCGGCACCAUUGUCAUGGUGACGGGCUUCCUCGGCUGCCUGGGGGCCAUCAAGGAAAACAAGUGCCUCCUCCUCAGUUUUUUCAUCGUCCUGUUGGCCAUCCUGCUAGCAGAGCUGAUCUUGCUCAUCCUCUUCUUUGUCUACAUGGACAAGGUGAAUGAGAAUGCCAGGAAGGACCUGAAAGAGGGUCUGUUGCUGUACAACACAGAGAACAACGUGGGGCUUAAGAAUGCCUGGAACAUCAUCCAGGCUGAGAUGCACUGCUGUGGUGUCACCGACUACACGGACUGGUACCCGGUGCUGGGGGAGAACACGGUGCCCGACCGCUGCUGCAUGGAGAACUCCCAGGGCUGUGGGCGCAACACCACCACCCCCCUGUGGAGAACGGGCUGCUAUGAGAAGGUGAAGGUGUGGUUUGACGACAACAAGCACGUGCUUGGCACAGUGGGGAUGUGCAUCCUUAUCAUGCAGAUUCUGGGCAUGGCCUUCUCCAUGACCCUCUUCCAGCACAUCCACCGGACUGGUAAAAAGUAUGACGCCUGAGCCGGCUGGCUGGGAGCACCCCGGCCCCCACACAGACACUGUGCCGGGAAGAAGAUUUGAGCUUUGUGUUGCCUGCUCGUGCUCUCCAGACUGCUGACCCCCGCACCCACCUCCCCAGCCCACCGCCCCCAGCCCAGCCCUCCUCAGCCUUCUUGGUGGAUGGAGGGCCAGGGAGGAGGAGCUGUGGAGGAGGCGCACACAGACCUUGGGGUGCUGGGGGCGCCUGGGUUCCUGCAUCUGUGUAUUUGCCAAAGAAGACAGGGUGGGCCGGGUUCGUGCUCCAGGAGCCCCCCAGCACGGAUGCGUUUCUGCACCUGCCUUUCCUCACCCUGACACUUUGUCCCCGUGGGGGUGGGGAGCAGAGUGCUCCCUCCUGGUGGACAGAUUGCCCAGAGGAGGCCACUGGCGUCCAUGGCCACCCCCGUGGGGGAGCUGGCGGGGGCGGGGGUCUGACUGCCUCUGGGCACGGCCCCCGGAGCAUCUUGCCCAGGCUUUUUAUACCUUACAGUGUAACUUUUUUAUUUUAUUUUACUCUGAUUAUGAUUAUUCAGGAAUAUUAUCCCUCAGAUAAGUUUAGGGUUAGCUUUCUGAUUUAUAACUUUUUACUGCGUUGAUUUCUGUAAUGGUUUGAUUUUUUUUCCCCCCCGAGGGUAGGGGAAGGUGGGGAAAGAGGAUGUCUGUCAGGUUUCAGUCAGGACGAACCACUGUGCCACACUCAGGCCUUGAGGUGAGACGCGCCGGGCCCGGCUCAGGACGCGCUGAGCAGAAGGGAGAGGGGGCCAGGCAGGGGGAUGGGCGUCUGUGGCCCGGGGGCCUGGGAGAGGCGCGUGGGGCAGAGGGGCAUCCUGUGCAGGGGUGAGGCCUUUGCCGAUGCCAGCGCCAGUGGCCCGGGCGGUUGGGAGUCCUCUGGGGGGCUGGCGCAGUACUUCACGAGGAGCUUGGCCAGGGCUCUGUGGGUCCUUACAUUUCACUGAUGAGCAGUCUUCCUAGUUUCCCUUCUUCCUUCCUCCUGCCGUCUGCUGGCUCGGGAGGCUCCCCCUUCCGCCCCAUGCGGGCAUUCCCGCGACAGGUUUUGCAAACCCCAGUACUUUCACAGACAUUCCUGCUAGAAACUCUCGGACAAAUACCUCUCUAGUUCAGAUGCUGCUCACUUUCUCACAUUGCUUCUGGAAGGGGAAGCAGUCCUGAUGUUUUGCUGCUCAGACAGUGGCAGAGGACCCGUGACCAUCAGGAGGGGAAGGUGGAGUGGGGCCCACGAUCAUUCCAGCCACAUUCACUGGGUGGCAGAGUCCCUGCUGAGGGGGUGGGGGAAGGAUGGCCCUGGGGUCCCGGGACCCUCAUCCCCUUCCUUGGGGUUCACAUGGUGGAGUGGUGGCGAUCAUGUCCUCUGUGGCCCUCAGGAGAAGCCCAGAGAGGUCAGACUGGGUCUUGCUACAGUCGCCCCAGGAAGCAGGCAGCCUAAGUCACGGAAUAGGAGCCCAACAGGCAGGGUGGGGCAUCUGACUACAGCAGGGGCCCCCGUAGGACUUCAUGCUGGCCUAAGGGAGUGUUUUUGCAGUUAAAAAAAAUAAAGUCAAGAAUUCAAGCGACUGAGCUCAAAAAGGUUAUCCACUAGCCAGUUAGGUUUGGUGCCCUUCCCCGAUGGGGCCUCGUGUGGGACAGCUGCCUUUUUCUUGCACCUGUUGGCCCAGUCCCUUGAUUUCCCACAAGCCCACGUCUCCUCUCCUGCCUUCACUUGUGUGUUCCAGAAGCUGAGACCUGGCCUCCCAGCCAGCAACGCCUCCACUGGCCUAAGUAAAAUACAGUAGGGACCAGAAGUACAGAACUUUUGGUGUGUUGAGGAUUCCAGACUUUGGGGGGUGAGGCAUGGAGAGUAGGGUGGUCUCAGCGAGUCAGGCAGAGUAAAGACCACCCCCCUGAGACAGGCGCAGAGGUACCCCUGGGGACGCUGGGAAGGUGGGUCCUUGGGUGGAGAAUGGGGCAAGCACACGCGUGAGCCAGACUGCCCUCCCAGGUCUCCUGGCGCCGCUGUGUUCCUGGUCUGCCCCGGGGCCUCCCCUCCGCAGGGCACAGAGCAGACCUGCCACCGCGGCAGACAGACGCUCAGCAAGCAGGCCCUGGCCUGGCCGCCUGGGACUCGGUGCAUGAGGAUCCUGUGCUUGGGGCUGGGGGUGGGAUGGGGCGGGCUCAGGCAUGCCUAUCAAUGCAAUUUCAAUUUUUGUUCAAAUCCACAGCAAAAGCCUAACACCCAGGGGACAUGUGCAUAGCCUCCCUGGCAAUCUUACGUUUCUGGGGCUUCGGGGGCGUCCUCUGGCCCUGGAACCUCGGCCAUAGUCCCUCCUCCCCCCCAGUGCCCCCUCCGCUCACCUGUAUGUCCGCCUUGUCCACCGUCCCCCAGACUGCUUUCCUGCCUCCCCGCCCCCCGUGCUUGGCUGUGUAGGCAUUUGACUGAGUCUCCCCUGGGUGGAAGGCACGAGUGGUGGGGGGUGCUCUUCCCAGCCCCUUCCCUUCCUGCAGGCUGGCACCCACAGCCCAAGGAAGGCCACACCGUGUGAUAUGUGUGGGGUGGCCCCGUGUCUUCUCUUCCUCCUGACCGUGAUCUCAGUGGGGCAGGAUUACCUGAAUAAUCCCUCUCACUUGGGGCUUCCCUCACCAAGUUCAGAGUGAGUUCAGUCAGCUCUGAUGCAGGCAGUUCACCAAUUCGACUUAGAAGGUCAAGGUUCUGUAGACAGUGUCAAGGGCGUGCUGGCCGAAGACUUGGCCUUUCCUGCAGCCAUCUUGCAGAGGAGGUGGGCGAGCAGGGACCGAGAAUUACCUUUGGGGAGGGACUGUAGCAGGUGUGGGGGGCGAGUCUCCACCUCCAUGCCCCAGCUGGAGCACUGUCACCCCUUCUCCCCACCAGCAUGGGCCUGCAUCUUGGGCUCUCACUCUACGAAGGUGGCUCGCCCCACCCCAGACCCUCACGUGGAUGUUCUGGUUUGACUUGGACCCAGGUGGCCAUCCCUCCUUGCUUUGGUGGCCCCAAAGCAGUCUAGGUGGCUGGAAAUGACCGUCCCCGCCUCUGCAGCCCCCUGCCCACCCACACUGGUGGAGGUGCUAACUAGCAGGGACCUGGUGUCGGACGGGAGCUGGGUGCCGGGUUCCUGGAGCCCCCCCUUCGUCCCUCCACCCUCCGCAUCCAGCCUCCCGUGGUCCUGGCCUCCCAUCUCGCUCCUCCACUCCUCAGCGAGGCAGUGGUCCUGGCGGGUCCUGGCCUCCCUGCCCCUGCCGGGCACCCGAGGGCCGGAGCCGGGGGCUCAUGCCCACACCCCGCCCAGCCCCGGGAGCGUGGGUGAGCAGGGUCAGCUCGCUUGUUGGGUUCAGAUGCACUUUUCUGCUUGCGAUGCUGUAUCUGUGCGCUUCCUUCAUCCUGGUCCUGGCUUUCUUGAACACCAUGUUUUUAGCAUGUUUUUAAAUAAAAACUGAUAACAUGUCAAAAGCACAA